ACUUGAACUCUGGCAGCCAGACUCACCCUCUCCUGAACUGCAGAAACAAAUGGAGCUCCUGGGAGCAGCCACUGUUGUCCUUCUGAUUUGCAUUGCUUGCCUGCUCUCCUUUGCAGCAUGGAAAGGGAAAUCUGGAAAGGGGAAGAUGCCUCCAGGACCAACUCCCCUUCCCAUUCUAGGUAACUUGCUGCAUGUGAGACCAAAUAACUUGGCCAAAACCCUCGAGAAGCUCAGUGAAGAGUAUGGACCAGUGUUCACAGUGCAUCUGGGCUCUGACCCAGUGGUGGUGCUGCACGGACAUGAUGUGGUGAAAGAAGCUUUGGUUGAUCGUGCGGAUGAGUUUGCUGCCAGAGGACACAUGCCAAUAGGAGAGAGGGCCAACAAUGGAUUAGGGAUUAUUUUCAGCAACAACGAGCCCUGGUUACAAGUCCGGCGGUUUGCUCUCACCACUCUGCGGAACUUUGGAAUGGGGAAGAGGAGCAUCGAAGAGAGGAUACAGGAGGAGUCUGACUACUUGCUGGAAGAGAUAAACAAAACAAAGGGAACACCUUUUGACCCAACCUUCAUGCUGAGCUGUUCUGUCUCCAAUGUCAUAUGCUCCAUCGUCUUUGGGAAACGGUAUGAUUACAAAGACAAGAAGUUCCUGGCUCUGAUGAACAACAUGAACAACAUCUUUGAGAUGAUGAACUCCCAUUGGGGACAGCUCUACCAGAUGUUCUCAAAGAUCCUGGAUUACUUGCCUGGCCCACACAACAAAAUCUUUGCAGAAUUUGAUGCUCUCAAAGCCUUUGUGGCAGAGGAGGUGAAGUUGCACCAAGCCUCCCUAGAUCCCAACUCCCCUCAGGAUUUCAUCGACUGUUUCCUCAGCAAAAUGCAGGAGGAGAAAGAUCGUCCUGAUUCCAGUUUCCACCUGAAGAACCUGAUAACGAGCACCUUUGACUUGUUUAUUGCUGGAACUGAGACAACUAGCACCACCAUACGAUAUGGGCUUCUGCUGCUUCUCAAAUAUCCAAAGAUACAAGAGAAAGUUCAAGAAGAGAUUGACCAAGUAAUAGGACGAUCAAGAAAACCGUGUGUGGCUGACCGGACCCAGAUGCCCUACACAGAUGCGGUGGUCCAUGAAAUCCAGCGCUUCAUCUCUCUUAUCCCCCUGGCUCUCCCUCACACUGUGACCAAAGACACCUCCUUCAGAGAGUACAUCAUUCCUAAGGGAACCACAAUUUAUCCUGUCCUCAGUUCUGUCCUCCAUGACAGUAAAGAGUUUGCAAAUCCAUAUGAGUUCAACCCUGAACAUUUCUUGAACAAGAAUGGCACCUUUAAGAAGAGCAACUUCUUCAUGCCCUUCUCAGCAGGAAAGCGAAUAUGCCCUGGAGAGGGAUUGGCACGAAUGGAGAUAUUCUUACUCAUAGCCACCAUCUUGCAGAACUUUACCUUGAAGUCUGUUGUCGACCCCCAGGAGCUCAGCAUAACCCCGACACUGAGUGGGACAGGCAACGUACCUCCUGCCUACCAGCUCUGUGCUCUCCCCCGCUGAAAAGCACUAAACCACUCUCUACAGUGUCCUCAGCCUGGCUAUUCCUUUACAUCUCCUUUACUGAAACCAACAGCAGGAGCAUCAGCCCACCUUGCCCAGGUUCCAGGAAGGCAGCCCAAACAUAGAUAUAUGCACAGAGUAGACAGCUUUGAAGCCUCCCAGAACUCCACCCCAUCACAGGAGGCUCUGGGUGACAUUGCAGCCCCUUGCACUGACAUUCUCUCAUGGGAUCAUUGAGCACAGUGGCUGCAUCAAUCAGCUGCUUUUCUCACAAACACAGAUCCCAUGGCUGCUCCUGCAGCCCAUGUCCCACCAAGACCAUGCUUUGCAGAUGGAUAGCGCUGCAUGUGUGUACAUUAACAAGCCAAUAAAGAAAAAUCUAUUUAUGAG